AUGAAACGCCAACGCCCGUCCGAUCUCCAUGAGGAGCCAGCACCACUGCCAUCGCCAGCAGCGUUCAGCUUCUCCAGCUACAUCCCCGCAUUGCUCGUUAGCAUGUGGAACGCUCUCACGUCGCAAACCAUAGAUGCUGUCAACACAACCCCACCCACAUCCUCCGGCAACGCUCCAAAACGCCGCGCAAUCGCACGCGAAGACGUUGAUAUGAUGCCAGGCCACUUUCCAACAUCUUCACCAGCACCAGAAGCUCGACCCACGCCAAAAUUACCAGUCACCCCGUCGCCAUCACCUCCGCGUCCGGGUGACGCGACAUCACAGUCUCAAGCAAACGCGUCAUCACAUUGGCGGGCGUUAAUUGCUUGGGUGACCAACCAGCCUCAGACCAAAGACGCACCCGCACACGAAAUCGCUAAAGAACCCGAGCCCGAAUGUCGUCCCGUGAAUCGCUCCAUCGCUCCCCCGGUUUCUGCGAACGAUGAUUAUGCCCAGUUAUUGCGUUCUCGCGCAUAUGACAGGAAUCACAUGCCGAUCAUCGAGCGACUCGAAAGGUUAAGGGCACUCGAGGAACGCGGUCAGCAGGCUCCACCCGAAUUGCGCCAAUCGUACCCUACAGCAAUACUGAAACGCGAUUCCACCCCGAAGAAGACCUCGAGUCCUCGCGCCGACAUCAACAACAGACGAAGCUUCCGGCAAUCGCAAACCGGACUGCGCCGAAGCACCAACGCCAACAGAGAUUCAGAUGUCGAUGGACUUAUUGAUCGACUCAAGAAAGUCACACACGAGUCGGCUGAGGAUACAAAGGUGAGAGAAAGUUGGAGAUUACGCGAACGACGUCUCGCGGAUGAGAAAGGACCCACAGCAAGAGUACGAGAAAGGCAAGAGGAGGAGCGUAGAGUACAGGAGGAAGAGAGGGCUCAAGCAGAGCAAAAGGCUCAAGCAGAACUUGAAGCUCAGCAGAAGGAAGAUGCAAGAGCGCGGAAAGAACAGGAAGCCCUCGAAGCUCAGCAAGCUGCUGAAGAUGCUCGGAAGAAUCUUUUGAUAAGACCGCUGGACCCAAAAUGGUCCGAAAUCGUUCGCAAUGCAAUGAACGUCACCAAUGCCCAAAAGGUCUUCUCCCAAAGCCCGGACGGCACCGACAUCACGCGAUACGUUCUGGGCAGGAUUCUGCCGCAGCAGAAUGAGAGUCAAGUCAGUGCCAGCGUCAACGGUAAGGGAGGUCCUUCCAACUGGCUCAACGACGAGUGCGUCGACAACUGGGUCGCGAUGAUUGUCGCACGCAGACAGGAGAAGGAAGGAUACGUCAAAGGACCCAACAGCACUCCCUCGAUCGUGUCAUACCUCUCGGCUUUCUGGAAGACUUACAACGAAAGAGGAGCCAAGGCUCUCAGCGGCUGGUCGAGGCGAAAGGGCAUCUCCGGCAAGAAGCUCUUGGGUGUGGAGAAGAUUUUCUUCCCAGUCAACACUGGCAACCACUGGAUCCUCCUGGUCAUUGCACCGAAAAGUCGCACGAUCGAAGUCUUCGACAGCGCUGGCGGCUCCUCCUCUCGAUUUCUCAAGUUUGCCCGCGACUGGCUGGCCAUGGAGCUUGGAGGUGAUUACAACCCAGAUGAGUGGCAGCACAGUUCAGCCAAGAGUUCCAUACAGCAGAACUGGGAUGAUUGCGGUGUCUUCACCUGCGUCAACGCAUUGGCAAGCGCGAAGAACAAGCCUCCGUCUGCCGUCGUCGCCACGAACGGUAUGAGUGAUGCGAGGAACAUGAUGGUAGCAGUCCUCAUCAACGGAGGUUUCAAGGAGGACUGGGAGUUGUAG